AUGGCAUUACACCAAAGGCCUCGGGGAAGUUCUAAGCUCGAGGAGCUACUACCAAGUUUACUCAUUCUCAAGGGCCUGGAGUCUGGGGACAUUUCGAAGAAAGACGCCGAGUUCAGUCGGGUCGUUCACGGGGUACAUCAUGAACGGCGGACAAGGACGACACCUGCCCGGAAGCCUCAACGCACUCCGAACACACUGGUGAACCAACGGAUUACCAACGGCAGACCCUUCCGCUUCUUCGAACUACCGCAAGAGAUUAGGGAUGAGGUCUACUCUCACCUUGUCGUUCGCAAGACCUCGCGUUCCAUCCCAAUACUUGACGCAACGGCAAUACUGAAUGACCGCAAGAAACGCCUCACUGCACGAAAGUCUCGGGAGCGGCUGAACCAACGACGGCUUUCGAUUGGAAAACGCCCACUAUGUCCCCGUACAGCCGAUCCCGAGCCAAUCUUGCACCUGGAACUCCUCCGAGCGUCCCAAAGACUAGCUGACGAAGCAACCGAUUGCAUGUACACCAACAACUGGUUUGCCAUCUCACUCAACAAGCUCCCAGUCCCUACUUAUGAAGUCCCACAAGGCUGGGAUCUAUCACGCGUCAAACGGUUGCAAGUGGAAGUUCAGCUAAAGGAUGCUAUACGAAUGAACCGCUACGUCGACUGGGCUUCUUUCUUCUCUGCUUUUUCAUCUCUACAGUUUCUGCGUAUUGUUCCAACGCUUCAUCCGCGGUAUUACGAGUGGUCGCAUCCAGAGUUCUACGGUUGGUCCACAACGCCCUUUGUCCACAAGGCGUUCUUUAGGGAGCUGCUCGCGGCUAUACCGGGUUACGUGGACCUAAGGAUUGGACUGCCGAUGGACAGUGCGGCAGAUGACGUGCAGAUGCAAGGGGAGAUCGAUGUGAACCGGAAGUACUUGUGGGAUAUGUAUGUAGAGUUGGGAAGCAGGUUUGACGGCGCUGGUAGGCUACUGGAAGUGGAAAGGAUUGUAUCAUAA